GCUCCCUGCAACCCUUUCAGUGUAGCACCUGCCUCUGCGGGCUUUCUGCUCUGUGGACUCUGAGGCUGCAGGGCUAAGAGGACAGCAUGGCUUCUCAGACAGUUCUGUAUGACGCCAUUGUGAUCGGGGCAGGCAUCCAGGGCUGCUUCACCGCUUACCACCUGGCCAAACACAGGAAGAGCGUCCUCCUGCUGGAGCAGUUCUUCCUGCCGCACUCCCGAGGGAGCUCCCAUGGACAGAGCCGGAUAAUCCGAAAGGCAUACCUUGAAGACUUUUACACCCACAUGAUGGACGAGUGCUAUCAGCUAUGGGCCCAGCUGGAGCAAGAAGCUGGGACCCAGCUGCACAGGCGGACUGGACUGUUGCUGCUGGGAAUGGCAGAGGAUCCAGAACUAAAGUCAAUGCAGGCCACACUGUCCAGACAUGGGCUGGAACACCAGCGUCUUUCCUCCGAGGAACUGAAGCAGCGUUUCCCAAACAUUCGGUUGACCAAGGGAGAAGUAGGCCUCUUGGACAAGUCUGGAGGAGUUCUCUAUGCAGACAAGGCCCUCAGGGCCCUCCAGGAUGCAGUUCGCCAGCUGGGAGGCACAGUGCGUGAUGGAGAGAAGGUGCUGGACAUAAAACCAGGGCUACCGGUCACGGUGACCGCCACCUCCAGGAGCUACCAAGCCAAGAGCCUGAUCAUCACAGCAGGUCCCUGGACCAACAGGCUCCUCCGUCCCCUGGGAAUUGAGCUACCUCUCCAGCCCCUGCGGAUCAACGUGUGCUACUGGCGAGAGACGGUUCCUGGGAGCUAUGGUGCUUCCCAGGCUUUUCCUUGCUUCCUGAGCAUGGGCCUGACUCCCCACCACGUCUAUGGGCUGCCCUCCGGAGAGUAUCCAGGGCUCAUGAAGGUCUGCUAUCACCACGGUGACACCGUGGACCCUGAGGAGCGGGACUGCCCCAGGGCGAUGACAGACAUCCAGGACGUGCAGAUCCUGUGCGACUUUGUCCGAGCUCACCUACCCAACCUGAAGCCGCAGCCCGACAUCAUGGAACGCUGCAUGUACACGAACACCCCUGAUACACACUUCAUUCUCGAUCGCCACCCGAAGUAUGACAACAUUGUCAUCGGUGCUGGAUUCUCUGGGCAUGGAUUCAAGCUGUCCCCUGUCGUGGGGAAGGUCCUGUAUGAACUAAGCAUGAAGCUAACCCCAUCCUAUGACCUGACACCUUUUCGAAUCAGCCGCUUCCCUGGCCUGGGCAAAGCCCACCUCUGACCUCCCUUCUGUGCACAGGAGCCCGGGGCUGCUGGAAACGCCCCAUGAGAGGGAAGUGGCUGUAAAAUGUCACCCUUUUCUCCUGCCUCUGUGGAAUCCCCAGAUGGUCGAGUCUGCCUUCUUUCCCUGGCUAGCUCCCCGACCCCGACGACUUCCUUGCUUCUAGAAGGUCCGUCCGAUCCUCUGCAGUCACAGAGGAGCAAGGACCAUUGAGAUGAAGGUCUCAAGAUGGGAGGGCACAAGGGCUGGCCCAGGAGACCAGAGCAAUUGUUACGGUUCUCUUCCCUGGGACGGUGAUGAGCUUGGCAUGAAUUUGACAUAAUCUGUCCAGGGGAAGGUAAACAAGACAACCUCUUAGGUUUCCCUACUGCAUUCCUUUUCCUUGAACCAGAGCCACUCUCCAUCACAAACUCCUAAAAAAUCCAGCUCCUAAGAGCACAAUGAAUGUUUGUUGAAAAAUAUCUGUUGAACAAACAAAUAAAUAGCUGCAUUUCAUUAAA